UAGAUACAAACAAAUAAUAUAAAAACGUUUUUAACACCUUCUUACAAAGUAGUCAAGUUAACAUAAAACAAUGAAAUUUAAAUUAAAAAAAAAAGUAAAAUUGGGGUCUGCUAAUUAAAAAUAAAUUUAACAGUUUUGAGUUGAGAUUGUUUCUAACUUUUAAUUAUUAAGCCUGGGAGCCAGGUGCGCUUAAGUCUGAAGCCCCGCCCACUUUUACCUUAAAUGUCCAUCGCACGGAAACAUGACUGGCACACAGCUCUAGCUGCUCUCUCGGUCAACAUGGUGGACUUUGCAGUUCACAAACAAAGCUUUUUUGGAACUUUAGACUAAGUUUAUAACUUUUGAAAGAACAUUUUUUUGUUGAGUUAAAAGUAGCAAAGAUUUCCUGUUUUUUUUUUUUUUUCUUUUUUUCUUCUGUCGCGAGGGACGAAGUGGCGUCUGGGAAAAUGUGUUGUCAUCUUCGCGCAGUCAACAGCUUCGAGCAACAAAUAUGGCUUCUUCUUGGGUACCCUUCUGUACAAGUUGAAAACUGUCCCAAAUGGGUCGAGCGGGACCGUUUCCGAGAGUCCCAGCAGUAGUCGUACAGGCGAAGCUAGCUAAAGGAAGCCCGCCGGUUGUGCUCCCGAGCUGCUUUGCUUUAAGCCCACAGUAGAGGAGGUGGAGGAGGAGGAGGAGAUGGAUCCCCAGCAUAAGGAGUUGUUGGAGAAACGCUUCCAGGACUUGGUGGAGUCUUUAACAGAUGUGGAGCGGCUUGUGGAAGUUUUGGCUCAAGGCGGGACUCUCAGUCAGUCCGACUGCUACGAGCUGGGACACAACUGCAGCUCCAACUCCGACAAAGUCUCUCUGCUCCUGAAGAUCCUGAUGAGCAAAGACAGAGACCAUUUCGGAGAGUUUUGCUCGGCGGUGGAGACCACUCACCCUCACCUGCACGCCGCUCUGCAGGACUGUCUCGGACCGGUGGAUCACACAUCUGGGUCCACAUACAGCGUCUUGUCCACGAUGCCUUCAGACUCUGAGAGCAGCAGCUCUCUCAGCAGCUUAGGUACUCCUGGUCAAGCUUCCUCUCCUCCACCUGCCAUAGACAACCAGCAGGCCAACGAGAAGAUGGAGACGCUGCUGUUUCAGCUGAGACACGUGACUCGGGAAAGAGAUGAGCUGCGCAAACGCUUGGCCCUGGCUUCACCUGGAACCACCUUUGAUGAUUGCAGACCAAACUCCAAAUCAGGUCAUGACUACGAGCGUCUGAAACUGCAGUGCAUGAAAGCAAUGGCAGACCUGCAGUCCCUGCAGAACCAGCAUAGCACCACCUUGAAGAGGUGCGAGGAGGCUGUGAAAAAGGCCGACUUCUACCAUACUCUACACAGCCGUGUAUUGGGCGAGCACAGCCAGCUGAAAGAGGAGCUGGAGGCGGUGAGGGGGCACAACACGCAGCUGAUCAGAGAGCACAACCAUGUGAAGCAGGCCUGUGAGGAGCUGAGGAGGCUUCACGAGGACGACCAGAGGGAAGUGACGGAUAUGAGGAUCCUGCACCAGCAGGUGAUGAACGAGGGGUCAUCCGAUGUCCUUAACAAGUUGUAUGACACCGCUUUGGAGAAGUUGGAGGCCACGAAGAGAGACUACGAUGCUCUGAGGAAGCGCUACAAUGAGAAGACGGCGAGCCACAAUGCAGACCUGAGUCGUCUGGACCAUUCGGAGGAGGAGAACCAUCGCUUACAGAAAAAACUGGACAUUCUGCUGAAACAGAGAGAUGCUGCCAUUCACUAUCAGCAGUCAUCUUACAGAGGGUUUGAUAACUUACCUCAAGAGUUUUCCAAGAUCACAGCUCACAACAAAGAGCUCCAGAGGGAGAUGGAGCGGCUGCAGUCCGAGACGACCCGGCUCAAGAUGCAGCAGCUGAAAGCCGUGAAGGACUGUGAGAAAUACAAAGCAGAGCGGGACUCUGUCAUCAGUGAGUAUCGUUUAAUCAUGAGCGAGAGGGACCAGGUGAUCAAGGAGGUGGAUCGACUUCAAACGGGGCUGGAAGUGGCAGAGGCGAAGGUGAAGAACAACUUCUCAGAGAGGAGAGUGGCCAACGAUGAGCUGGAGGCUCUCCGACAGGAGCUGUCCUCGGCGCUGGUGGACAGAGACAGAGCCAUCUGUGACAAGAAUGAACUUCUGGAGAAAUACUGCCAUGAGGUGAAGGACAAAGCUGAGGCCCAGAAGGAGUUGAGUCAGGCCUGUAAGGAUAUUGAGAUGGUGCGGGAGGAAAGGGAUGUGGCCCGUAAAGAGAGGACAGAAGCAAUCAUUCAGAGGGACCAGCUGCUGCGAGAAUAUUACCAGGCCAGACAGAAACAAGACUCUGCCAGUCUGGACAUGGAAAGAGCCAACAAAGAGAUCGAGAUGCUGAGGAAGCAGUACGAGGCCAUCUCUCAGGAGCUGAAGGAAGCUCUUCAAGAGGCCGAAGUUGCCAAGUGUCGACGGGACUGGGCCUUUCAGGAGAGGGACAAGAUUGUAGCAGAGAGGGAGAGCAUACGCACGCUGUGCGACAACCUGAGACGAGAGCGGGACCGCGCUGUGAGCGAUCUGGCUGACGCUCUGAGGAAUCUGGAUGACACGAGGAAGCAGAAGAACGAUGCUGCCCGGGAGCUCAAAGAGCUAAAAGAGAAGUUGGAUGAGCAGUUGGACAAAGAAGCGCGAUAUCAUCAGCUGAUGGCUCAUAGUUCACACGAUUCUGCCAUUGACACAGACUCCAUGGAAUGGGAGACAGAAGUAGUAGAACUCCAGAAACAGAGGGAUAUGGAUUUAAAAGCACUUGGUUUUGACGUGGCUGAAGGAGUCAACGAUUCUCAUUUAUCAGGAGAUAGUGGAAUUUUUGUUUCUAAGGUGGAUAAAGGAAGUAUAGCAGAAGGAAGGUUAAGGGUGAAUGACUGGUUGUUGAAAAUUAACGACGUGGACCUGACCAAUAAGGACAGAAAGCAGGUGAUAAAAGCUGUGAUGAGCGGGGAGGGAGUCAUCAACAUGGUGGUUCGGCGGAGGAAGUCGCUCGGAGGACGCAUCGUCACUCCAAUCCAGAUAAAUCUGGAUGGACAUAAAGACAGUGGCAUCAGUUUGGAAAGUGGAGUGUUUGUUGCUUCUGUGGCAGCGGGAAGUCCAGCCGCCCGGGACUGUAAUCUUACAGUCGGUGACAGGCUGUUAGCUAUUAAUGGGAUGGAAAUUGAUGAGAAGUCUGUCUCUGAAUGUCAGUCUCUGUUGAGGAGCUGCAGCACUCUCAGCCUCUCUCUUAUGAAGAUUCUCCCACAAAGCUGCUGUGGACAGAAUUGUUUCGAGUCUUCAGCCCUGCGUCUUCAGCCCUGUGAUUCUCACAAUAGGAGCUGGAGGAACUCCAAACACAACUGCUCCACUCAGACGGACAUCUGCAGCUUCUGCCAGAGUGGCGAGGAAGCAUGUAAUGAAACCUGCGACUGCCUGCCCAACAGCAACUCAAGCAGCCACUUCCAUCCAAACGCCUUUCCUCACGUCUCCCAGCACUCCCGCUCUCUCUCCACUCCCCGCAGUCCUUCAGAGCCCCGCUCGGAGUUCUGCUUCAGGAGGCAGGACUUCCAUCGUCCUCACACUCUGACGCCGGUGUUCUCCAGCUGCAGCUCUCCUCAGGCAGUGGAAGGAGGGCAGAGCACGCCAGUGAAGCUAAGUGGAGGCACUUGGCCUAAAGUUAUAGGAGGUGCUCCCGUCCCGGAGGGCACCCAGCUGUCCAUAUACAAGAAGCCCAAACAAAGGAAGUCCAUCUUUGAUAUGAGUGCAUUCAGGAGGCCUGAGACGACCCCCAAACUGGACUUUACGUCUCUGUCUCAGAUAUCCAAACACUCCCCACAGAGCUCGAUGUCAGAACCCGCUCAGACCCCUCCCACACCACCCGCGAGGAGCGACUCCUUCAGGUUUAGGCAUCGGCAGCAGAACAGCUCUGCGUCUGACUCCACCAUCACCACCAGCACACCCCCACCUUCCCCAGCCCAACCUGUGCAACCCCAGGACAAAGGGGAGCUGCAGCUUUAUCACACCAAUGCUCCAGCGGGAGAAGUCAAGAGCAGCCGGACGAGCGCGGCAGAGAGUGAGGGGAGUGGACGCUGGAGAGAAGUUCAGCAAAAGAAGAGAUACCGACCCAAAUCUGCACCAGCACUGCGGCGAAACGUCACGCCGUUACACAUCCCUCCACCUAUGCAGACACAAAGUUUCUCUAAUGAUGAACACUCCCCAGAGCCCAUGGAUUUGUUACGCUUCUCUCCUCUGAGAUCUAACCGGUACAGCAUGCCAUUUGUACCUCCAGGCUACAGUAGCACCUCAGCACAUGUCAUGAGGAAUCCAGUCUACACCACUUGGAGCCACGAGAUCCAGCCGAGCAGCUGUCCUCCUGCUCCCAGUUCUGGCCUCUGUGUGCAUUCUCAAAGCCCCCAGCAUCAAGGUCACCUCAGUCUGGACCUCAGCCACAAGCGUAACCCAGAGUUGAGUGAGAUGAACAGCAGCCAGCCGCCUCACAACAACGCCUCCUUACCCUCCAGAACGCGACAGACCUCCCCUGGUGCUCUACAGUUUCGGGCUGAACGCAUCAAGAUUCCUCCGACUCGUUACUCUCGCUCCUCCGGAUCAGACAAAGGCUCCCUUUCACAUUCAGAGUGUAGCAGCCCGACUCCUCCAAUGUCCCCUGUCAAUCUGGACUUAUCGUCUUUCUCCAGCAGCCAAUCGGAUGGCUCCUUUUCCACACAGCCCAGGACAUCAGUCAGCCCCGCUCCAGUUGGUGACAGGCGGAGGGAUGGGCCAUAUCUGGGGGAGCCUCGCAGUGUGACGGUCCAGAAGGGAGCAGAACCUCUGGGGAUCUCCAUAGUGAGCGGGGAGAACGGCGGCGUGUUCGUGUCCAAAGUGACUGCAGGCAGCAUCGCUCAUCAAGCUCAUUUAGAGUACGGAGACCAGCUGCUGGAGUUUAAUGGAAUCAACCUUCGGAACGCCAACGAGCAGCAGGCGCGGCUGGUGAUCGGGCAACAAUGUGACACGGUCACCAUUCUGGCUCAGUAUAAUCCUCACAUGUUUCACCUGGGGAAUCACUCCCGUUCAGGAUCCCUGAUGGAGGCGCUUAGCAACCAGCUGGUCCUCAAAGAUGGGAGAGUGUCCUCCCCUGACAACCAUUCUGCUGUUGACACGCUGAGUGAGCAGGACGAAGGCACGAUAACGCCUCCAUCCAAACAGACCACUCCUGCCAACAGUCCACACAACUCCUUCAGGCUCGCGGGCUCAAUCAUUCCCAGUUUUUCCGAGUCUCGGCUGGUGAGGCUUAAACGGAGUCAUGCUGAGCUGGGAGUUCAGAUCUGUGGGGGAAACCUGUGUGGCAUCUUUGUGGAGACUCUGGACGAUGACAGCCCUGCGAAGGGUCCGGACGGACUGUCGCCCGGAGACCUGAUCCUGGAGUUCAAUGGCGUCAAAAUGCUGAAUAAAACUAAAGAAGACGCUUACCUGGAAAUGCUGAAACCAGUCGACACGACGACCUUCAAGGUGCAGAACUGUGCAGACAGCCUCGCUGACAUCAGAGAGACUCACGGAGAUGGAUUUUUCGUCAGAGCCCUUUAUGAACGGGUGACGGAGGUAGAGCAGGAGCUGAGCUUUAAGAAAGAUGACAUCCUGUACGUUGAAGACACGCUGCCUAACGGUAACUUCGGUUUCUGGAUGGCCUGGCAGCUUGAUGAAAAAGCCCAGAGGCUGCAGAAGGGGCAGAUUCCAAGUAAAUACAUGAUGGACCAGGAGUUCUACAGGAGACACGGCAUGAUGGACGGUAAAGAGGAUGGCGGCAAGACUCUGUCUGCUGCCGCUCGGAGGUCGUUUUUCCGCCGAAGGCUGAAGCACAAACGUAGCGGCUCUAAAGACGGGAAAGACCCGCUGGAUUCCAUAAGUGUGGAUGCUUUACCCCUGACAGAGGAUGGACUCAGUCUGAUGUACCAGCGAGUCCAGAAGGUGGACUGCUUGUCUCCCAGACCAGUACUGAUCCUGGGUCCAUUAGUGGAGACGGUCAAGGACGUGCUGGUCAAGGAGACUCCCGCUAAGUUCUGUCGCUGUCUGCCUGAAAUAAUGAAGGCGUCCCAGCAGGCUAUCGAGCGAGGAGUGAAGGACUGUGUGUUCAUCGACUUCAAACGAAGAAGUGGCCAUUUUGAUGUGACAACAGUAGCAUCAAUAAAAGAGAUUACAGAGAAGGACUCCCACUGUUUGCUUGACAUCGCUCCUCACGCCAUCGAGCGUCUUCACAGCGUUCACAUCUACCCAAUCGUCAUUUUCAUUCGCUACAAAAAUGCCAAACAGAUAAAAGAACAGAAGGACCCUCAGUACCUGCGGGAGAAACUCUCCCAGAAACAUUCCAAGGAGCAGUUUGAGCUUUCUCAGAAGAUAGAGCAGGACUACAGCCGCUUCUUCACAGGCGUCAUCCCAGGUGGCAGCGUGUCCCACAUGUGCACUCAGAUCACGAGCAUGGUGGAGCAGGAGCAAAGCAAAGUGCUGUGGAUUCCUGAUGGAGCACCAUAAUCAUUUCACCUACAGCCGGGACUUUAGUGACUUUAAUCACCUUUUCUCCAUUUAAAGAAGCAUACUCAACUGGUAUACGCAUGAUGCACAACUGACACAAUGGUUUACAUUGAACACUUUUGUUAAAUGUGUAGCAAUACUAGUGAUGAAUCAGUUUUCCCACUACAUUAGUGAAGUACAGCUUUUGAUAGAUUUGAUACUUGAAUGCUUUAUUCUCCUUUUUGUAUUAACAGUCCUUUAAAGCUCAUGUUUGACCACAGCAAAUCUUCAUAAAUAGAAUCAGGCAACUGUUUUUUUUUUUCUUCCUUUGUGACAUUUUGUGCUAUUUAAUUUAUCUAAAUGAAUGAAAGAUGAUUUUUUUUUUUGUAAUAAACAUGUAGCUGUAGAGUUAAAAGCAAUAUUUUCUUGUUAAAAUCCCUUAUUUAUAAAGAAUAACUUCCUUUAUCUCAUGUUAUAUUUAAUUCUAAUGUUUCUUUUUAAUGUUGUGCCAAGCUAUGUUCGUUUUUUACAUUUUUUAUGUUCUUAAUGCCUCUGACAUUGGAAAACAUUCAAAAAUAUUGCUUUCACCAAAUUUCUUUGCUUUUACUGGUACUACAAAUACAUUUUACUCAUUUUGGCAAAUUUAUGUGAGAAGAUUUAAUUUAUAGCUGGAUAUACACAUUCACAUACUUGUUGAAUCACAAGGACACAUUUCAUUGCUGGUGUUAAAAUCUGGUUAAAUGCUCUGGUUCUACAGUCAAUGACGGUUCACAUUUCUUUUUAAAAAAUAUUAAAAAGAACUGACUACA